UCGUCUCUGAGACCGGAUGGGGCCGGAAGGGCUGCUGGUAUGGCAGUUAGUGUUCGUGUCAUGGCCCCGCAAUUUAUUUCUUAAACUCCUUUAAAAAAAACAAAAAAAACUUUUAUUCUUUUUACGCCUCUAGAAAGAGAAGUCUCGCCACUGCAUCGUCUGACUCUAGCAGAAAGGCCUCUUUCCAUUAUACACGUUAUUAUCCCGGCAGCCUCGCCUGCCUGUUCCAAGACGUCUCGCCCUUUCAUUUGUUAUUUCUGUUCUUUGGGAGAAUCCCAUCUUCGGAGUCAUCCGCUCUUAUUUGUUUGGUCCCUCCUCGCACCCAUCUCGGACUCCGGGUGACGGAAUAGGGUUGACCGGCUCCUCCGUGCUGCAGUCCGAGGAAUGGAGCCCGACGGCGCUGAGACUUCGCGGGGAGUCGCUUCCGUGCCGGGAGAGGGGUCUCCCUCUGCCCUCGGGCGCGCCUUCUCCAAGAUUUUGCUUUGUCUUACCAGCCCGGAGGCACGACGGCGCAACACAAGAGACGUUGCUUUUAAAGACCUCAGUACUCUGAUAGAAGUCACGGAAUGUGACCGAUUAUUCGAGAGGAGUGGCGAACCUUGCCACAAAAUGCUUGAGACACUGGGGGAGGUGGCAAAAGCCCUGGAGAAGUAUGCUGCCCCGCCCAAGGAAGAGGAAGGGGGAGGUAAUGGUUCCUCUGAGGUGGCCGAGAAAGCAGCAGAGGUUGGACUGCUAUUUCUUAAACUCUUGGGGAAGCUUGAGGCUGCCAAGAACUCUCAGGUCUGCCCUGCUUGGAAGACAGGCCUGCGUCACUUGGCAGGACCAGUCUACGUUUUUGCCAUCACACACAGUUUAGAGCAGCCGUGGACCAGCCCAAGAUCUCGGGACGUUGCAGGACAGGUGCUUGCUUUACUGCUUCAAGUUACUGAGUGCAGUUCUGUGGCAGGGUUCCUAUGCGGGGAAAACGAAGAGGACAGAGGGAGAUUUACUGUGAUCUUGGGGCUUCUCAAACCCAAUUUGAAUAAGGAAUCCUGGAAGAAUAACCCUGCUGUCAAAUACGUUUUCUCAUGGACUCUGCAACAAGUCACUCGGCCCUGGCUAACCCAACAUCUAGAAAGGAUACUCCCCCCAUCCUUGCUCAUUUCAGAUGAUUAUCAGACUGAGAACCAAAUCCUUGGUGUACGCUGCCUGCAUCAUGUUGUGCUCAAUGUGCCGGCUGCUGAUUUGCUGCAGUAUAACAGAGCCCAAGUCCUCUAUCACGCCAUUUUCAACCAUCUGUACAUGCCAGAGUACCACCUCAUUGAGGCUGUGCUCUUGUGUCUGCUGGAUUUAUUCCCUGUCUUGGAGAAAGCCCAGCAGUGGAAGGGAGAUGCAGCCCGACCCACCACACACUGUGAUGAGGUGCUGCAGCUGCUCCUGACCCACAUGGAGCCAGAGCACCGCCUGCUCUUGCGCAGGACCUACGCUAGGAGCCUGCCAGCCUUUGUGAGAAGGUUGGGGAUCCUAACUGUCCGGCACUUGAAGAGGCUAGAGAGAGUCAUCCUUGGUUACCUGGAGGUGUAUGAUGGGCCAGAGGAGGAGGCCAGGUUGAAGAUACUGGAAACCCUAAAACUUCUCAUGCAGUACAUUUGGCCCAGAAUUUCCUGCAGACGUGUGGUCUUACUGAAGGCUCUCCUGAAGCUGAUGUGUGAUGUGGCAAGGGACCCGAGCCUUACACCUGAGCCUGUUAAGAAUGCUCUGCUACAGGAGGCUACAGACUGCCUGAUCCUCCUGGACCACUGCUCUCAAGGACAGGUAAAGGAUCUCCUGGCCAGAACUGUCCUGAGCUGUACAGAUAGCACAGUGGUGAGCUGCAUCAGGCGAGUGCAGCAGGACUCUGAAGGUGCACACUACCAUGGACCUUGUCGAAGGCGUGAAUGGGGAAGUUGUAGAUGUCACCAUACUGAGAAGGAACAGAAGAGCUUUGACUGUGUGCGCGAUUACACUUCAGUUUCCACUGUUCUACAACCAUAUUAUUUUCUCCUCGCUGACUAAAUGAGAAUACUUAAUUUGACGAGCAGCAUUUCUAUAGUAUUUGCAAGCCUAGUGCUGGCCAUUUUUGGUAUUUACAUAACCAGUGGUUAACAUAGAAUAGACAGCCUAUGUGAGAGACAGAACCAAGUCAUUAAAAGUUUAGUAUAUGAACCCCACGCAUCAGGACAAAUGGAGUUUUGUUGAAAAGAGGAAAUAAUAACUUAUUUUUAAUCAUGUUAUCUGUAAAUGACAUUGAUGUUUUAAAAGAUUUUAAAACUUAUUUCAAAGAACCUGAAAAAAAUUGUGUAAUACGUGGGAGGGACCCUAAGGUUCUUACACACAGGCCAGGCACUGCUGAAUCUGGAAUGAGAAAUGGAAAUAAGGGCAAGGCAAGGUGUCCUGUAAACUGAGUAAAGGAUAAUGAAAGCAUUUCAUGUGCUCCCACUGACGAAAAUGAGAAAGCCAGGCCUAUGUGAAUUUCUUUUACUUCAAGGAUAAAAUCAGAGUGACCUUUCUAGCAUCUUUAAAAAUAGAACACAUUCCCCAAUAUUUCCUAGCUUACUACCCCUGAAAAACUGCUCACACCCCACAGCCACUGGCUUCCUCACCGUGUCUUGUUUCAGUCUCUCCAGCAGCUCCUUCUCAAUGGCAUUGUCCAGCUGAGCAGCUAUUAAUGCCUUUUCCUGUUAAAGAAAAGAACAAACCCAUGUACUUCACUGGUGCUUAUUUCUCAGUCCAUGGAGGUAAGAGAAACUAAGUUUUUAAUAAAAAACACGAUGUAAUCAUGUCCCACUACAUACUAUUACUGGGGUUUUUGCCACUGCAACCACAUAAUUUCCCUCUCAAAUCCUCUUGGGAACCUUUCAAUGGA